AUGUCUGAAACAAUUGACGACGAAAAUGGCGUUGAUUUCUGGUAUUGGAUAGAAAAAAAUGAUGAAUUAUCAACCAAGGAACAAAACAAUAUAAUGAAUACAUUUUUUUUCUUUUUACGCAAUAAACCAAAUGACACAGUUGCUACUGGAACUAUUGUUCGAGAUGAUCGAGAUAUGGGUAAAAAAUUAUCAUUAGAAGAAGCUAUUUGGAUUGGAGGAAUUAAUGUUCAUCGUAAUUUUCGUGGACAAGGCAUUGGAGUCAUUUUAUUUGCAUAUAUCGAUAAUUAUAUUCAACAAAUGAUAAAAACUGAUGUCACUGUUUAUUUAUUUACAAAUAAUUUAAAAGCAAAACAUAUUUAUAAACGAUUUGGUUUCAAAUCGAGAGGAUUUAUUCAAAAUGAUUCAAUCAUCGAGAACAAUCCAACAGUAAGAUAA